UGUUCAUCGUCCGUCCCAAAAAUUCAACCUUUAGUAUUGGCGAAUACGCUGAUUCUCUGAACAGAAAAAAAACAAAUCUUUGGCUAGUACGAAGAAAAAUUGUGUUGAUUUAAGCCACACCACACCCAUUUAUCUGAAAUCACUGGCGGCUGAAAAUUGAGCUCUGCGUCGCUCAUGAUCUUCGAUUCGGCGUUUUUCAAACAUGAUGGUCCAGGUCUCUGAUUUACGACCCAGUUGCUGUGAGAUUGGAGACGUAGCGGCUCCAAGCAGCAACAAUGAUCAGGUCAGAUAACAUUUGGAUGAAGAAACAUUUAAGACAAGAAUCAGGUGAUGAUCAGGACAACAUUGAGCUUCCGAGAAAGAAGAAAGUGAAGAAGGACAAUCCAGAAACAGAAGUAGAUUCUUCAUCCCAAGUCACAGCUUCGGGUCUAUAUACAGAUGCACUGUGUUCGCAGUUUCUUCCACAAGCCUCCACAAGCUCGGAUGCUAUUAAAAAAAAAUGUCACAGGAAGUAUAGCCCGGGACGGAUAAUAUCAUCAUAUUCGUCAGAGAAACGAUUCGUAACAUUUACACUUGCACCUGUCGAUGUCAGACAUUGUAGACUGCGUCUUCCAAUGCAAUUCACUAGGGAGAAUGGGAUAAAGAAGCCUGGAAAGAUAUAUCUGUUGGGGAAUGAUGGUUCAAAGUGGCUCGCAAACCUUCUCCUGGAAAGUAGAGGAAGAAUGACUUUGGGAGACGGUUGGAAAUCGUUUGUUAAAGCAAACGGCUUAAGGAUCGGUGAAUCCUACACACUUGAGUUGAGUUGGGAAGACACAACUCCUGUGCUCGGUUUGUGUCCUGCAGAGUAUAGCAUUGACAGAAGAGCGGGAGGAGAGUGUUCAGAAGCAAGUGAGAAAGAUGGUAACAGGAAAGAAGAAAACGUAAAUGAAAACAGCAACGAGGAGAGAAGCUCAUGGGAGAGAGAGAAGAAUCAUCUGAGAUGGAGAGAUUCAACUUCAUCCAGCCUAAACCGAUUCCUGAUAUUAACAAUUACACCUGAUAGUCUCAAACAUGGUAGACUGCGUCUUCCAUUGCAAUUCAUGGAGGUGAAUAGCAUGAACAAGCCUGGAGAGAUAACGCUGUUGGGUAAAGACGGUGCAAAGUGGCUCGUAAGUCUUCUACUGGAAAGAAGAGGAAGAAUGAGUUUGGGAAAAGGAUGGAAAGAUUUUGCUAAAGCAAACGGCUUAAACACGGGCGAUUCCAUCACGUUGGAGUCAAUAUGGGAAGCCGAAUCUCCUGUGCUCAGUUUGCUCCGUGUAGAGCCUAGCAGUGAGCACUCAAAAGCAAGCGAGAAAGAGUCUAUUUUGACAGAACCUAGCAGUGAAAACAAGACCAGGAAAGCAGAGCGUAACAGAGAAGAGAGCAGAAAGAAACCGCUUAGAAAGCCAGAUUCAUCUUUAGCAGUCCAAAACCAAUUUGCGACAUCAACACUUUCACCUGAAAUAGUUCGCCGAGUUUCUCAUGAUCUUCGAAUUGGUGAAAUCGUCAUUUUCAGAAAUGAAGGAGAUAUGAUGUUCCAGGUCUCUGAUUUAGGACAACCUAGCUGCUGCGAGAUUCGAGACGUAGUAGCUCCAAGGAGCAACAAUGAUCAAAAAAACAUCGGUAGCAAUUCGAUAAAAAGGCAUCCGCACUUAAGAAAAGAAGCAGGCUUUUCAUCAUAUGAUGGUGAUGAUGAUCAUCUUGAGUCAUUUGCUCUGACACUUGUGUUAAUAUGCUGGUAUAUGCAGCAUCUUGCACAAGCUUUCACAAGCUCAGAUGGUUUGAAAACAAAAUGGCGCACGAAGUAUAGUCCGACGCAGAUAACUUCGUCAAGCGAGAAACAGUUAGCAACAUUUACACUUGCACCUGUUGAUGUCAGAAAUUGUAGACUGCGUCUUCCAAUGCAAUUCACGAGGGAGAAUGGGAUAAACAAGCCUGGCAAGAUAUAUCUGUUGGGCAAAGAUGGUUCAAAGUGGUUAGCAAAUCUUCUCCUGGAAAGCCGAGGAAGAAUGACUCUGGGAGACGGCUGGAAGAGUUUUGUUAAAGCAAACGGCUUAAAGACGGGUGAAUCCUUCGCACUCAAGUUGAAUUGGGAAGACACAACUCCUGUUCUCAGUUUGUGCCCUGCAGAGUAUAGCAUUGACAGUAUAGAAGAAGGAAGAUGUUCAGAAGCAAGCGAGAAAGAGGUCACCAUGUAUAAUAAUAACGAAGAUGAGAACAGCAAAGAGGAGAUGAGCUCAUGGGAGAGUGAGCAGAAUCAUCUGAUAUGGAGAAAUUCAACUCCACCGAGCCAAAACCGAUUUCUGACAUUAACUAUCACACCUGACAGUCUCAAGCAUGGUAGACUGCGUCUUCCAUUGCCAUUCAUGGAAGAGAAUGGCAUGAACAAGCCUGGAGAGAUAACUCUGUUGGGUAAAGACGGUGCAAAGUGGCUGGUAAGUCUUCUACUGGAAAGAAGAGGAAGAAUGAGUUUGGGAAAAGGAUGGAAAGAUUUUGCUAAAGCAAACGGCUUAAAGACUGGCGAUUCCAUCACGCUGGAGUCAACAUGGGAAGACGCAACUCCUGUGCUCAGUUUGCUCCGUGUAGAGUCUAGCAAUGGUAGAGAGCAAAGCGAGUUUUCGAAACAGUCUCUUUCCACAGGACGUAGCAGCGGGAACAAGACCAGGAAAGCAGAGAACAACAGAGAAGAGAGUAGCUCAGAGGAUUUGGAGAGAAGAAGAGAUUCAUCUUCAGCAAUCCAAAACCGAUUCUUGAUAUUAACACUUACACCUGAAGAUGUCAGAUACUGUGAACUGCAUCUUCCGAGUCAAUUCAUGAGGACUAAUGGCAUCAUCAAGCCAGGAAAGGUGACUCUGUUGGGUCGAAGCGGUAUGAAGUGGUUUGCGUAUUUACUGUCAAAAGAUGGAACUGUUGCUUUGGGAAAUGGUUGGAAAGGCUUUUGUGAAGCUAAUGGUGUGAUGUUAGGAGAGUCUUUCGUUUUGGAAUUCGUUCCUGGAGAAGAAGACACAAAUCAUGUCUUCAAGUUUUACUCUAACUUCGGUGGCCAAGAUCACUUCAUUCAAGUCAACGUUAGUAAUGAGCUUCCUAUAAAGAAGAAACUGAAGAGGAAUAGUCAUGAAACAGAACCGGAGAGGAAUGAAGACGAGUCAUCAUCGAUGAAGACACCAAAAGCUUUGUUCUAUUCAUCAUAUUCACCAACUCAUAAGCGACUCUUAACAUUCACACUUCCACUUAAUUAUGUCACAAUUCGUAAACUGACUCUUCUAAAGCCAUUCUUGAGAGAUAAUGGCAUCAACAAGCCUGGAGAGAUGUAUCUGUUGGGUAAAAACGGUGUAAAGUGGCCAACAAGUCUCUUACUUGACAAGAAAGGAACAAUGAGAUUGGGAAAAGGCUGGAAAGAAUUUGUCAAAGACAACGGCUUAGAGAGGAGCUUCACGGUCAAGCUUACAUGGCAAGGCACAACUCCUGUGUUUAGUUUGUGUUCUAAAGAAUCUGAUAGAGAAGAGGAAGAAGAGGUUUCAAGAACUAUCAAGAAACAGUCUACAUUGGAGCCAAUCUUGGAAGAUGAAGCUCGUAAAAGUACAGAGUCUAACAGUUCAAAAGCUAACAAGAAAGAGUCGGUUUCCACGGAAGAAACAGAACCUAAAAGUAGAGAUUCACCUUCAGUAAUGCAAGAACGGUUUGUGACGUUAGCACUUACACAUGAAGAUGUCAGAGCAUGUAUACUGUAUCUUCCGAGUCAAUUCAUGGAGGCUAAUGGAAUCAACAAACUUGGGAAGAUGACUAUUUUGGGUGAAAACAAAACGGAGUGGUGGGGAUUUCUAUUGACAAGAGAUGGAAUUGUUGCUUUAGAAUAUGGCUGGGAUGGUUUUUGUGAAGCUAAUGGUGUGAAGUCAGGAGAUUGUUUCACUCUAGAGUUCAUUUGUAAACAAGACACAGUUACUGUACCUAAGUUCUGUUCUCUGUAG